CUGCAACUGCCCAACAGGCAGUUCGUGCACACAGCUGACACUUUAAAGAAGUAGAGGAUGCAUUAGACUCCUUUUCUAACUUAUCCUUGUCAUUAUUAUAAAUUCAGGUGGAUUUUUCAGCAAGAAUUUCUGUGCUCAAGGUGGAUAAUGGGGGUCAAAGCAGCUCUACCGAGGUACGAGCUCUACAUCUAUAAUGUGGUGCUUUGUUUGGCGAUGCUCUGGGCUGCUAAAUAUAUAUUUGAUGUGUCCAGCUCAAAUUCCAACCGAAAGAGCUUCAAGAGCAGCGUUCAGCCAGGAUGGUACUACUCAGGCAGAAAAAUGGAUACGGCUGAUGUGGAGUGGAUGAUGUGGUUUUCCACGUUUCGAGAGCACAUCAUCUUCGCUCUCUCGGGUCAUGUGAUCUUUGGCAAGAUCUGCUCUCUGCUGGCUCCUCAGUACAGGUCUCUGGUGUUCAUGGUGUAUGGGGUGCUGGCGGUUUGGAGCAGUAUGGGCUGGGCGUAUGUAAUGCUCAUCCUCUCUCAUUGCGUGCUGCUUUACAGCAUCUCUCUAGUCAAGCUCAGGUGGCUCUGCUUUACCGCUGGACUUUCCACGCUGGCCACUUUUAAGAUGGAGCCCUUCAUUUCCUGGCAGGCAGGGUUUGUGACUGGCGGUUUCGAGCUGCGUCCUCUUCUGUUCUACGGUGGCUGUGGUUUCACCAUCAUGCGCUGUAUGAGUUUCGCACUUGAAAACUGUGAAAAAAAAGAUGGAAACUACAGCAUCCUGGAGCUCCUCAAGUUCAACUUCUACCUUCCCUUCUUUUACUUCGGGCCCAUCAUGACCUUCGACAAGUUCUACGUUCAGGCCAAUAACCCAAACCUGACGAGGAAGGAUGGCGAGAUGUGGAAUAUUUCCAUUCAGGCACUGUUACAUUUGGGUGUUAUUAUUAUAGUGGCUGUUCUCCUUCACUUCAUGUACAUUCUGAGUAUCCCGAGUGACAUGAAGCUCCUCAAACACAUCUCUGACUGGGCUCUUGUUGGACUGGCCUACUUAAAUCUGCUGUAUGACUGGGUGAAAGCGGCUGUGAUGUUUGGAGUGAUAAACACAGUGUCAAAACUGGACCAUCUGGAACCUCCCAAACCACCCAAAUGCAUUACACUGCUUUAUGUCUUCUCUGAGGCACACUUUGACAGAGGAAUAAACGACUUUCUCUGCAAGUAUGUUUAUAAUUAUCUCGGCGGGAAGCAUGAGAAUAUUCUGGAUGAGCUGAUAGCCUCUCUGUGCACAUACGGAAUCAUGGCCCUCUGGCUGGGACCAGGCUGGGUGGUUUUCAUCUGGGCUUUCUUAAACUGCUUUGGUUUGAAUUUUGAACUGUGGACUGUCAAGUUCUUCACCAUGGAGCCUUUUAUUUCUAUUGAGAUGGCGAUAUCAGAUUCAAUGUCACGCAGGAUCAGGGCUGUGUUUAAUACAUUCAACUUUUGGACGAUUGUGCUGUAUAAUGUUCUGGCCCUCAACAGUCUUGAAUUUGCCAAACUGGUGGCCAAGAGAUUGUUACUAAAAGGUUUCCCCUUCACCACCAUCACUGUGAUGUUUGUCACCUACUGCUUGAUUCAGCUGAUAAAGGAAAAGGAAAGAAGACAAGCUUUGAUUGAUGACCCUGACCCGAUUCCCCCUCCUCCUCCACCAGCCCCUGUUACUGCUCCGACCUCCACUGACCCCAGCAGCAUCCAGAUGGACACCACUGCUGCCCAGCCCACUGAGACCAGCAAGCAAAAGGCAGAGUAGAGACACUCACACUCUUAUUAAACAUCUGCGGUUUAAUUUCGCAUAUCCGCUUGUUCGGUGUGACAUCACAGUUUCCAGGUCCAAACUCUAUAUGGUAUACAUAUGCAUACAGUGCAUGGCAUAAACAAAUACACCCUCUUUUCAAACUCAAUAUUUUGAUCCAUUUCAUCAGUGACAUUUAUAUUAAUAAAAAAAAUAAGAUUUUAGUCACCUAAUGUCUUAGAAAUAGAAAGAUAGUACAUUCAAACUGUAAUGAGGUGUUGCAAAGAAUUACAAAGUACACAAUUUAAAUUAAAUAACUUUUUUAAAAGUUUAUCUUGAAUUUUCCUCUUUAUUUAUUUAAUUCAUUAAUUAUUUUUCCCCUAACAUUAAUUUUACUGUUCUAAUUUUUGGACCAUGAUCCUAAAACCAAGUUAUUUUGAUACAAAAAUUAGUUCCAGUUUGAGCUUUGGUACUGAAUAAUCUAAUGUACUUGCAUACAUUUUAUUAUUUAGCAUUACUGUAAAGCAUCAUACAAGAUAAUCAUUUAAAAGAGAUCUGUGUGUUUGGUGUCAAAUAUACUUGCGCUGCUAAUAUACUUUCACAGUGUACUGUAACACUAUUGAAAAUCAUGAUAGUAAUAUUUAUAUCUAUCUCAGAUGCUCAAAAAGUGAUACAUCUUUUAUAAAUCAUUCAAAUAUUGGUGUGUGGAAUGCAGCGGAGCCUGUGGAGCAUCAUGAUUUAGUAAAAGAUUUGCUUUAAUAUGUGAUGUGACUAAACAGUGGUCAUCGACUUUUAUUGAGUUUUGUUUAUUCAAACACUUGGGCCUGGAAACAAUAGUCCAUAUACAGUAUGUUACAAUUUAACAAGCAGAUUGGAAUUAUGGAAACAAUCCUAGUCUAGAAAUAUGUAAAAAAAAAAAAAAAAAAAAAAGGUAUUUUAAGUACACUGUAAGGACUGAUGCUGCAUUUGAAAAGUUUUUACAGAUUGCAACCUCUACCAUCACUGGCUGCUUUUAAAUUAAGCCUAGUAAUAGUUUUACAUCUGCAGUUAAAAAAAUAGAUAAUGAAUCUUAUUACUACACAUUUGAUGACAGAUUUCAUUUAAAUGAAAUAGCAGAAGUGAUAAUUGCCUGAAAAUGAAAAUGCUCUCAAUGUUCACAAUGUUUCUUUGUGAUAUGCAUUAAAAACAUAUUGGUUUGUGA